AUGGCUUCACCUCGUCCGAAUUUCGGUGCCCAAGGCUACCCUCUUCCCAAUGGUGCAGCUGCGGGUCCUGUCCCCGGUGCCACCCCGUUGCUUCCCAAUAAUGGCCGUGUGAUCCAAAAUGGACCGACCAGAAUUUUGUGCAUUGCCGAUGUCAGAGGCAACCUGAAGUCUCUGAACGAGCUCGCAAAGCAGGCCCGCGCAGACCAUAUUAUCCACACCGGUGAUUUUGGAUUUUAUGAUGAUACCUCCCUCGAGCGCAUUGCAGAUAAAACUUUAAAACAUGUCGCGCAAUACUCCCCUCUCCUGCCCGAGAACGUCAAGCGGUCCAUCGCACAGGUCACCCCACAACAGUCAAUCAAGCAGCGCUUCCCGCCAGAGCAGCUGCCCCUCUCCGAGCUCCCUAUGCUUCUUGACAAGCGCAUCACUCUUGAUGUUCCGGUAUACACGGUAUGGGGUGCUUGUGAAGAUGUGCGGGUGCUGGAAAAGUUCCGCUCGGGCGAGUACAAGGUUGACAAGCUGCACAUUAUCGAUGAAGCAAACUCGCGCCUCCUCGAUAUCGGCGGUGUGAAGCUACGUUUGCUGGGCCUUGGAGGUGCUGUUGUGAUGCAUAAGCUUUUCGAUAAUGGUGAGGGAAAAACGACUAUUGCAGGAGGUCAAGGUACUAUGUGGACGACACUUUUGCAAAUGGGCGAGUUGAUCGACACCGCCAAUCGUGUUUAUGAUCCUUCCGAAACUCGUGUAUUCGUUACACACGCUUCUCCGGCCCGCGAGGGAAUGUUGAAUCAACUUUCCGUUACCCUCAAGGCCGACUUCUCUAUCUCUGCCGGUCUUCAUUUCCGGUACGGCUCAUCGUACAAUGAGUUCUCCGUGAAUCCGUCACUAGACCACUAUCGCGGCAAACUCGCUGCCUCCAAGGCGUCAUUCACCGAUGUCUGGGAGACGGUUCGAGGUGAGGUUGAGUCAGCAAUCUCUUCAAACGAUGGCCAGAAGACUCUUCUUGAGAACGCCCUCGACGUUGUGAACAAGAUGCCUUCCAUCGCCAACGGUGGCAAUCCCUUCGGUGGCCCUGUUGCAGCGGGUAAUGCUGCUGGUCAGGUUGAUGAAAGCGCCUUUAAAAACAUGUGGAACUUCAAUCUGGCGGAUGCUGCCUUCGGAUACCUCGUGCUGGAGGUUGAAGGUGGACGUAUCGCGACAGAGAUGCGUGCUCAAGGCUUCAACUUUGCUCACCGCAUUGGAAAGCCUCAGGCGGGCGGUGCGCCUCAGCCUGUCUCCAGCGGUCUUCCGGCCACCACGGCCUCCCCCGCUCCCACCGGCGCUGCCCGGACUCCCGUUGUGGCCCCUCAGUUUGGCCAAGCACCUCCGGCCCGUGUGCCCAUUCCCCAGGGCCAGAAGGGACCUCGGGCUUCACCGGUUCCCGUAAUUCCUAAGUCUGCCAGCCCGCAGCCACCUGCUGCGGCAUCCGCCCAACCUGCCGGGGAAGAAAAGGUUGCCGCCGCGGACACCAAUGGUACCGCCCCGCAUGAUAAGCCCAGUGAAUCCCCUGUGCCUCGGGUCGAGAAGAAGCCCAGCAAUGCUCUGUUCGUUACUAGUGCCGAUAAUGAGCAGGUUGUUCGCGAUCACAUCUCUGAAGAGGACAAAUCCAAGAUCGUUAAGAUCGAGAAGCUGGGCAAGUACAACCAUGUCGUGGUGUUCUCCAGUCCUGAGGAAGCAAAGGCUGCGUUGGAGCAUCUGCCUAUUGAGCUGAAGAAGCCUGGUGCUACCCCCCAGGGUCAGCCACGCAAGCCUCAAUUCAAGGUCUUCGAGGAACGCCCUAACCGUGCUGCUGGAAAUGCCGGGACUUGGCAGAGCAGCAACCGGGGCGGAAUCCCUCAAGGUCAGCGUGGAUACCAGAGUGCCAGUGACAGUGACGGCAGUCGCCGUGGCGGAUUCGGUGGUCGCGGCCGGGGCGGUCGUGGCACUGGUGAGAGAGGUCGCGGUGGACGCGGUGGUGCCCGCGGUGGCUUCAAGAGCGGCGUAGGCAUGAAUGAGUCUUCUGCUCCCUCAGAGGACAAGCCUGCUGCAUCUGGUGACGCCUGA